GUCUCUGCCUUUGAUGAUCUCAAUCUCGUUGAAAGCUAAACAGGAACAACAGCAGGAUCGGCGAAACGGUCUUUGUAUAAAGUGGAGAUCUUUGCCUUUAAAGCAAUGGAGGAGUACAAUUCCGGAGAGGAGGUAGAUUGUGCAUUUAGCUAUAUAGCUAGCUAUAUAUAUAUCUCAGACUUUAUAUCAUUCGGCCCAGUUAGCUAGAUGGCUAGCUAACAUUUGCAUGCACUGAAUAGAUGGUGUUUUGAAACGUCACAAGCGAGUACUUGAGGGGAUUUGUUUAUUUUGCCCGGAUUAUCCCAGUGGGAGGAGUUUGAUUGGGGAGAAAAGUGAUUGCAGGAAAAGUGACAACUGUGUGAAUGAAUGCCAAACACUCAACAACACACCUUUGUUUGACUUUAUAUCAUAACUAAGUAAUACCCUCUAGUUUUUUCAUGUUUUUCAUAAUGAGCCUUUUUUAUAUAUGAAUCACAGGUGUCUUUCAACACAGAUGAGGCCAGUGUCUCUGUUAAAGAGUGUAUCGAAGGUAUCAUUGGAGGAAUAGGCUACAACCAGAACAAAGGGAACCAAUGGACUGUCAGCAUCGUGGAGCACUCUCUCACCCAGUUGGUCAAACAAGGGAGACCAUUCAAGUUCAUAGUGAACUGUGUCAUCAUGCAGAAGAGUGGUGCUGGUCUCCACACCGCCAACUCCUGCUACUGGGACACUGCUACUGAUGGAAGCUGCACAGUCAGGUGGGAGAACCGCACCAUGUACUGUGUGGCAAGUGUUUUCGCUGUGGCCGUGACCUGUUAACGUGGGACCCUCCAUUUCCCUUCCCAAAACCCCCUGUCUCGCACAGAGCCGAACACAGCCAGGCAUGCACCAGGACCACCAAGCCUUGAAUAUCCUAUGCUGAUUACCCAUGAACAGAAAUGUCUGUUGUACAAGAACACCUCUUAACCCCACACUCACAAAGUUUGACCACCCACAAUGGGAAUCAUAGGAUGAUGAUGUGUUGCCAUAUGUGGUGGAUUUAUAGUGUUGUUUAGUGUUGUCUGUGUAUAAAUGUAAAAUAGACCAAUAGUUAGAGAGAGAUAUGCUCAGUAUGGAUUUAGGAAAUGGCACUACCCAUACUGGUAAACGUUCU